CCAAAUAUAUCUGACUCACCCAACAAACUAGACAAAAUGCAAAUAGAGACAACCGAACAAAACAGUUUGUGUAAGGAAGGCUACUAGGGGGAGGAGGCGACGUCAAUCGUUAAAUGGUGCCGUGUAUAAUUUAAGCAGAAACGCAUCGCACAUUAAGUUAUUUUGCCGAAUGCUGCCAUUUCAUGUUGACUCAAUAAACGGACUGAAAUAAAUGUGGGAGAGGCACCUUUCUCGUGAAAGAUUUGCAUGAUCACGCAGCCCGGCCAUCUGGCGCGGCAGAUCAUGUACCUUCUACUUAAUCCAGCGCCAAGGUGCCAUCUUCUGUCCCUAUAUGAAACCUUCGGGAAAGUUUCAUGACCAGAUGAAACGUUUUGAAGCACCCCGGCACUAUGUUUGGAAAUGCACAGAUAAAAUUAUAGUAAUCAUUUUUACCGGCUCUGGGCAAAAAAAUAAAAUAAAGAAAAGCGUAAUAUAUGUCCGAAAUGCAAGCUGAUUUUUACUAGUUUUACAUCACUAUCACUGAGGGCCGCUACUCAGAUAAGAUUCUUAAACUAUAACUGUUCGUAAGAGGAGAUGCCAGUCAAUGGUGAUGUUGGACACGGUAUAUUAGCGAAGGUGGCUGGCCAAAAGCAAAUAACACUUACGAACAAAAAGCUUUGUGAUUUCAAACCAUGAUUACUCGCCAUGACCAGACUCUGUCGAGAUUACCCUUCAAAACCAAACACAAGAAAUUCGCCGAGUUCGCAAGCUAUUCGACUUUGUCCGCACCAAGUUGUUCGCAGUUUGCACUCCGAACAGCGAAAGCGAACGAGGACUAGCACGCGUCAAUAAAGACAAGUGAAAGUUGGGUUAGCUGUUGCGAGAUACCGAGAGGUUUGUGCUCAGCGUUGCCGAAGUUCCUGUACUUUUCUUCCUCUAAAUAAAGAGGUGCUACGUCACAGUAUUGUAUGUCAGAAAUGCAGCAGAGAUUUCUGAGAGAGUUCUUUUCCUCAUCCUUUCUAUUUUGUUUUUUAUUAUGUACAGCGCGUGGCAACAAUAGAGGGAGGAAAUAGGCCAAAAACGCGACACGCUCUUUGUGUCGUGUCUGGCAUCUAACAAAUGAUAAUAAUAUUAAUAAAGAAAGCAGCACAGAAAAAUAGGCGCAAAAAAAAAAACAAAGCCUGAGCAGCGAGAAGAGGGAAUCCUCUGGGUGGGGAAGAUAUCGCGACGAAGUAUAAAGCAUCUCUCGCAGCUUCUUCGCUUCGUGCCGGGGUCGGCGGAAGAGGAGUGGAGGGGAGACCGGGAAAAAGGAGAGACGCGGGGACAUCGAGGAAAACGGGGACGAAAGAAGAGAGCCAACAGGAAAGUGCCGUUGCUGGCGAUCGUAGCGACACGCAGCGUAUGGAGCCAGAAUCCCUCGCCCGGGGCGGCUGAUAUGAGAGCGGCGAGCGACGUUGGUUCCGGCGAGUUGGUCGAAAGGCAACGGAUCGUCAGCGUCGGACUGCUCUUCUUGUUGCCAGCACAGCUCCGUCCUGCGCUGAUACACGUGCCGCUGCCAGCGCCGUCUCAAGGACGUCACUGUCCUUCCGGGUACACGCGUCGCGGCAUGGCUAUCCUACGCUCCUGUUGCUGGCUCUCCGUGCGCAAGGGAAGCUUCGUGUGCGCAGUCUACACGCUCAUAUUUUACACCAUGCUGGUCAUCACUGGAGCGUUUCAUGCCAGUUCCGUGUUGCACUCACCUGUGGGCUUCAUGUUGAUCCUCAUACUUCUAGUUUUUUCUGGGCUGUGCAUAAUAUUCUCGAUGGUUCUUAUCAUCGGACUUUUCCUGGACAACCGACUUCUUUUGAUUCCGUGGCUGACAGUCGUGUCCAUGACAACAGUGUUGGAUGUUGGCCUCUCCUUGUACUUCAUCACCGGCCUGCGGAUUAAUGCCUUCGUCGUGACUAUGUACAUCACUGACUACACACUGUGUUCCGUCAACGUAUACGCCAUACUUUGCGUUCUCUCUCAAUACCAAGAGUACGCCGUCGGACGCAGAGCAACCGGCAAGAAAGCGCGCGCUGCACUUCCUGUACUUUCGGGGCCCAGUAACAAACACGACCCGCCAAAAUUGAGCAGCGCCUCUACUCGGCCCAGUCGGACGCAGCCGCAGCCGAAGACAGUCAGCGUGUCACAAAAUUCGGCGCCAGCAACGCCUCAUGUAGGAGCAGUGUCAGCUGACAAAGUUGUUCCUCUGGAACGGAUACCGGUACUGCAGAUGAUGCCAGCGAUUCCCGAAGUGUCGGCUGCAUUCGCCGGCGGUCAAGAGGAGAUCUCAAGCAGCGUCCCAAUCUCGACGGCUGAGACGUCGCUGCAGCCGUUCGCCGAAGAGGCCCAUCACAGACGAAAUGACCUCGUGUUGGAUGUCAGUAAGCUGCAUGCCAGAAACAUGGAGGACAGACUGUCUGUGCCCGACACAAGACCGGCACAAGCUGCUACGCCAAAGCAAACCAGACAUGAAGGUGCCGCGCAACCUCGGCUCGUCCUUGAACCAAGCCUGGUCCCUGAACUCCCGACCACCUCCAGCGCUGGUGACACAGAUGAUCAUCAAGAAAAACCUUGCCGUGUAGAAGGAACAGCUCAACCCAGCGGGGGGAAGCGACCAUCACCGACGUGAAAGUCCAGCACUCCUUAACUGGCACCGUCCGCACGUUGAGGAUAAUUUUUACUGCCGUGUGUUAACUGUUUAUGACAGCAUCUAGCCAUGAAUUCACAUACUGCCUUAAACACAGCUUGGUUUCCCCCCAUCAGAUCUGGCUGGCGUCUGAUCGGACAGCAGCUUUGUAAGUCUACUGCUUUGCUUUUUUUUUUAUUAGGACAGAGUUUUUACAGGCAGCUUUUGCCUUGUUUAAGACAAGUAUGGGAAUCGACAGAGUUUUUACAGGCAGCUUUAGCCUUGUUUAAGACAAGUAUGGGAAUCGCGCGCGAGUCAGGAUGAGGAGUUGUCCAUCCUCCAACAUGAGAAUUAAAAAAAAAAAGGAAAUCUCACGAGAGAAAAUGACGUUCCGUUUGACAGCUUCAACUUCUUGACUUUUCAUUACCGGUACAGCUGCGUAACAACUUCUGCAAUAUCUGUGCGUCCCUGCGUUUUUUCUUUCGCGGUAUUUUAAAGCAUGGUUUGUCUUAAAAUAAGUAUAGUACGUAAGACAUCGCUGCUGCAUAUCACCUUAUGCUAACAAUGAAUCCCUUAAUCUGGAACAACCUCUCAGUUUGGUUCAGGCUUCUACAACGUAGUUACAUUACAUUAUGUAGGUGCAGAAAGUGCCCAGUCAGGAUGUCGGUAAUUUCUCUUCCAUGAUUUGAGGAAGGUUUGUCUGCGUAUAAAUCACACUCUUGUAUGACAACGUCAUCGCGGAAGAUUCAUUUUCAUGUCACAAUUACUGACAAUUGGAAGGCGCGAAGUUGGUAUAAGCACAAAACAUACAAACCACAGUUCGCACAUUUCAACCAUUAUUGCUGACAUCAGUGACAUGUUAUUUAUGUACCAUGAGCGUGUUUUCUUUUUCUUCAUUUUGCCUACGGAUGUACACAAUAUUGCGUCACGCUAACAAGCCCGUUUAUUUUUAUUUUUUUAUCUGUCGCAGAUUAUCGUGUGCGGACAAUCGGAACAGUAUCUUCUUUCAUAGUUUUGAAAAUUUUCGAUACAAUGUUAUUUGCACAGGCGUGCUUCCUUCGGCAGACAUGAACUCAAAGAAUGUCGCAGCCCGAUAGAGAGAACUUGGCCCCGCGAAAGCCGUGCCGUUUCUUCUGUCCUGGACGUUGCACAGGGAGAAACCUAAGUAUUUAUAUUUUGUAUUUUACUGGACGUAAUAAACGGUACACUUGAACUACGA